GUUUAGGUCCCGCCCCUCGAGCGCAGUGCUUUAUAAGAGCUGCGCGGUUGUUCUCUGCGUCUCUGGAGUGCUGAUCGUGUGAGAGACGCAUACACGGUAUUUCAUCUGCUACUACUACUGCGACAUUACAGUUCAGAAUGUCUGACGAAGGGAAGCUGUUUAUCGGCGGUUUGAGUUUCGAUACCACCGAACAAUCGCUAGAAGACGCCUUCUCCAAAUAUGGCGUCAUCACCAACGUUCAUGUGGCCCGAAACAGAGAAACCAACAAAUCCAGAGGAUUCGGUUUUGUGACUUUUGAGAAUCCAGACGAUGCAAAGGACGCGCUGGAAGGAAUGAAUGGAAAGUCUGUGGAUGGCCGGACGAUCCGUGUGGAUGAGGCCGGGAAGGGCGGUGGCGGCGGUGGCCGUUCUGGUGGUGGAUCCUACAGAGGUGGAGGAGGGGGAAGAGGAGGUGGGGGUUUCUUCAGAGGAGGCCGAGGAAGAGGAGGUUCGAGAGGCGGUGGCAGCUAUGGAGGAGGAGACCGCGGUUACGGCAGCAGCGACCGUAGUUACGGAGGAGACCGGAGCUACAGCGGCGGAUACAAAAGCGGAGGUGGAGGAGGCGGUUACUCCUCCGGAGGGGGCGGCGGUGGCGGCUACAACAGAGACAGGAGUUCUAGUUAUGGCGAUCGAGGCGGCUCUUACAGAGAUAGCUAUGAUAGCUAUGCUGUAACCGAGUAAAACCCAAGACCCGACACGACACUGGCCGAGCGUUUCUAAAGACUCAUGGAUCUAUUCUUGGAUUUGUUUUGUAGCUGUUCUCCCUGUUUCUGUUCUGUUCUUGUACUUUGAGAGAAAGGCCGUUUCUGAACGAAUGUGUUCAUGUUACACGAGAAGAGCGCCAACGACGGGCUCCUCUUCUGCCUCGUUUCACACCUUUAAACGUUGCAUUUGUCCAUGCUGACCAACCUUCACUGUCACUGUGUAGCCAUGUGGGUCCCUGUGCUUCUAUGGGGAGUAUAGAGUGUGUUUUUGGUCCAAGAGCCUUCUCUGUUACUAUACUAUUACUGUUCCAGUUCAGCCGCUGUCAUUUAAGAGAACGGCUCCUUUUGUUAGCUCUAAGGCAAUGAUUUGUCCAUGUCCAGUAUCCAAAAAGUGAAUUCCUUUCAGACUGGUGACCGCUGCGCAGCUGGAGCGUCCGGUUCUCGAGGCUUGCGCUGCCUGAGGUCUCUGUCUCUGCUCUACGCCUGCUUUUUAAUCAUGGACUCUUGACCUAAUAUAUAAAUAUAUAUCAAAUAUUUACUUGAAAAGAGAACCAGAAAUUGUUAACAGUACACUCCAGAACUGGGAAAAAAAUCCUUGUGCUCUUGUUUUCUUUGUAUCAGAAUUUGACUCACUAUUUUGUUUUAAUUCUUUUAUUUUAUUUUUUUUGCUCUUCAAUUGUGGCUUCAUGGAGCCUAUUAAACGAAACAAUUUGUUCAAA